GCAGGGAGGAAAGGGGUGGCCGUAAGCCUGGGCCUCGGGGCAAGUCCCAGGUCGGGCUCCCAGUGACUUGGGGCAAGUGACUCAGUCUGUCCCAGCCACAGUUUUCCAUUCCUGCAGUGGGGAUAACAAAACCCAUGGAGCUCGCGUCACUGUCACCGGGGUGUCUGGCCAGAUGAGAAUGGGCUGGUGAACACCCCUUCCCUUGCCUGGCAUCUGUGUGGCUCAGUCUUUCCAUCUCUGAGGUGGGUGCGUUUGCCGGAGAGAGCCACUGGGGGCUCCAUUCACCAAAUGUGCUGUAGGUAGUUCCGGGGCCCCGGGGAGAGUUCUCCCGGACGGGCCUGGAGCGAAUCGGACGCGGUUCCGGCGCUGGGCAAGCGGCCAGGACGCCUGGGCUCGAGUUCCGGCCCCUGCCUGGCUUUCCUUCCCAUUUUUCCGAUAAUACCCAGGCCGGCGGGUUUAUCUGCCCGCGGCCGCCGGAAGUUGCGCAAACGCGAGUUACCUGAGCCCCAGGUGGGCCGGGCCGGAGGAACUCAGGGCAGCGGCGCGGUGCAGCCAGCCGUUGCGGGCGUCCAGAUGCCGUUUUGGGCUGCCAGCUGCCGGCUUUCUACCUGAAUCUGUCUCCUUGCUCUGAUCUCCAUACACCCACGCCUCGGGGUAUGUAACAGCCAUGCCUGUGGACACGCUGACCCCUGGAGCCCCAGCCGCCCCAGCCCUGCCUUUCCGCCUGCGGACUAAGGUCCCCGGUUACCUGCUUCGGAGGCCAGCAGACGGUGGAGCCCGGAAACCCAGUGCUGUGGAGCGCCUGGAGGCCGACAAGGCUAAGUACGUGAAGAGCCUGCAUGUGGCCAACACCCGCCAAGAGCCCGUGCAGCCCCUGCUGUCCAAACAGCCCCUCUUCAGCCCCGGGACUCGCCGCACAGUGCUCACGCCCAGCCGCCGGGCCCUGCCUGGCCCUGGCCGCCGACCCCAGCUGGACCUGGACAUCCUUAGCAGCCUCAUCAACUUGUGUGAUAGUCCCGUGUCCCCUGUCGAGGCCAGCUGCGCCCCUGCACAGGCGGAAGGCGUCCGCCAGGCUCCCCCAGCCACGCCUCCACGCCCGCCCCCCACGACGGCUGCGGUCCGCAGAGUGGACGUCCGCCCGCUGCCUGCAUCUCCGGCCCAGCCUUGCCCGUCGCCCAGCUCAGCCACCGCCUCCAGCCCAGCCCGGCCGCCGGGCCUGCAGCGCUCCAAGUCGGACUUGAGCGAGCGCUUCUCCAGGGCGGCCGCCGACCUCGAGCGCUUUUUUAACUUCUGCGGCCUGGACCCUGAGGAGGCACGGGGGUUGGGCGUGGCCCACCUGGCACGGGCAAGCUCGGACAUUGUGUCCCUGGCCGGGCCCAGUGCUGGGCCGGGCAGCUCCGAGGGCGGCUGCUCCCCGCGCAGCUCCGCCACGGUGGAGGAGCGUGCCCGGGAGCGCGUGCCCUACGGCGUGUCGGUGGUGGAGCGCAACGCCCGCGUCAUCAAGUGGCUCUAUGGCUUGCGGCAAGCCUGGGAGACCCCAGCGGCGGAGGGCUAGGCCUCUGCUGCGCUGGGAAUUCACCGCAGGACACGUCUUGGAGGGGCCCUUGGCCCUUGACCUCUUGCAUCCACUCCCUAGCUAUGGGAGAUCGGACACCUCCUGGGGGAACUUGGUUUGGAGGCCAAGGCUGAGAGGCUGGACCAGCAGCUUCUGGCUAGGACUGAGCCUGGAGAGGGUUGCUCUUGGCUUUGGGCCCCUCUCCCCCAAGUUCAUGGCCUUUGACACCAAUGUAUCCUCUCUGGUGGGGCUGGAUGUGGGGUGCUCAGCCCUCCCCACUGAGGGUUAGCGGCCCGGGGAUCUGGCUGAGCCUGUCUGCCCAGUGACCAUUUCCUCCUUCCUUCCUGGGCCUCUGACCCUUGCCGACUUCCUCUUCCUUACCCAGAGGGCCCCCGCUCCCUGGCAACUCACCCUGGGGUGGGGGCAGGGACCCGGGGCCUGCCCACUGCUCUUCCUGGUCUUUGGCUGUCGGCCUAGGUGGAUAGACUACAAGAAGGACUGGUUAGAAGCCUGCACUGCUCUGAUUUCCCUCCCCCUGGUUAAUAAACACACGUGCUUGUUUC